AUAAAAUAAAAUUAUCAAAAAGAUAAUUUUGACAAAAAUAUAAUAUAACAGAAGCAAAAACACACCGAUCUGAAUAACCAGAUCAUAACCCAUGUUACAAUUACAACAUCAAACUAAGUUACAUGUUUUUGUUAAUCCCUUUUGUUUUCUUUGCCCUAAUUCAACUCAAGUCAAAUCCAUUUCAAUACCCUUUCUUCAGAUUCCCCAAAUCUAACUUAGAUUUCUCCUAAAUUCUCUCUUUUCAGAUCCAACAACACCCUCCAAAAUUUGCUACUUCAAAUUUUCAAUGGCGGCUUCACAAAAAGGCAAGUUUUUUAUCUUCAUUUUCUUUUUGUUUUUCUUUUCUCUUCAUGUUUCUAGUAACCCUAUUAUUACCCCUGAAUCAUGUUCAAUACAAUCACCUAAUGAUGAUGAAUCUGUUUCUGAACCUAAAACAACUAAUCAUUUGAAUCAACAAGUUUUGUUGAAUAAACUUGAAGAGUUAGUGAGAAAUCUCAGUGAUAUAGUUGCAAAAUUAGAAUCAAAGUUACCACAAGAGCUUCCUAAGGUUGCUCAAGAAAAGGGUAGGUUUACUCAGAUAAAGGGUAGCGAUGAUGGAAGAUCAAGUGAUAAAGUAGUUGAAAAUGGUGAAUUUGAAGGGAAAACUCAAAUUGGGGAGAGAGUUAAGGGAAUGUCUGUGACAAAGUACACACCUUUUUGGUCAGAGAGGUUUCAAUUUGCAUCUGCUGUGAAAUUGGAUUCUGAUGCAACUUGUAUAAAUGUUUUGCCUUUUAAGGAUCAUGAAGGGUUAAGUAAGUAUGUAGCUGUUAGUGAUGAGAAGGGAAGAGUUUAUGUGUUUUUGAGAAAUGGUGAUGUGUUGGUUGAGUUUGAUACUUUGUUGGGUUCGCCGAUUACGGCGAUGGUUUCGUAUACUUCUGCUUUUAAGAAUGAGAGUUUUGUGGUAACUGGUCAUGAAAAUGGGGGAAUGUUGAUACAUAGAGUUUGGGAGGGAUCUGGCGGAGAAGAUUGGAGUUCCCUUUUCAUGGAAAAUGUUGGUAAGUUUGUGUCACCUGAGAAUCAUGAGAAUGGGUUGGCUGUAAUUUUGUUGGAAGUUCAUUUUGUAGGGAGGAUGAAGUAUAUUCUAUCAGCUGAUACUAGUGGGAAGAUUAAGGUUUUUAAGGAAAAUGGUUUGUUUUACGGUUCUGUUGUGCCGACUAGUAGGCCGCUUGUUUUCUUGAAACAAAGGCUUAUGUUUUUGACAGAAACUGGCGCAGGCUCGUUGGAUUUAAGGGGCAUGAAAAUCAGAGAAUCUGAAUGUGAAGGGUUGAACCAUUCUCUUGCUAGAGCUUAUGCUUUUGAUGCCACCGAGCGUUCAAAGGCUUACGGUUAUACAUCGGACGGGGAUUUGAUUUAUGUCUUGUUGCUUGGCGAUGCAAUGAACUUCAAAUGCAGGGUUAGAUACAAGAAAAAGUUUGAAAUGGAUGAGCCUCUUGCUUUACAGGCAAUUAAGGGUUACUUGCUUAUUGUUAACCCGAAAAAGGUUUUCGUGUUUAAUGUUUCGUCUCCUCAUUAUGUGAGAGUCAGCGUGCCUCGACCUGUUUUCUCCUCGAGCAUUGAUGAGCUUAGAUCCUCGUUCUUGAAUCAUCCAACUCCAAGUUUGGAUGCAGAAACAAGAGUGAUGAUACCCUUGAUAGCUAGUGACCGCGAAAAGCUUGUUAUUGUUGGCCUUGGAGGUGGUUAUGUCGGAAUGUAUCAUUCCAACCUACCUAUCUAUAAAGGAGAAUUCAAUACCAUGCUAUGGACUAGUCCUGUAUUGUUCUUUGUACUUUUUCUAUUUGGUGCUUGGCAUUUUUUUGCAAAGAAAAAGGAAGCUCUUACAUCAUGGGGACCGGACGAUCCAUUGACAUCAGCGUCUGGCGCUCCCUUGGCAUCCAGUUCCGGAGAGCGAUCUUUCGUCGACUCUUCUUCAAGAACUUCUGCCGAUGUUAUGGAUCUUAGAAGUGGAGCUCUCAGAGGUCCACCACCACCAAGAAGGUAUGGCUCACCUUCAAGGUUUCCUGGCGGGGCAGCAAGUACCUAUAGACUUGGUUCUGCUGAUCACAAUCCUAGACCAGCUUCGGUUGAUCCCGAUUUUCGAGCAGCAUCGGAGCUUAAAUUCAGGGCCUCAACUAUGGAUCCUCCUGGUUUUCCAAAUAGAAGAGACGGCAUGUUUUCAGGAAAUCAAAUUGUAAAUGAUCGCAGUUGAGCGGCGAAGUUAAUUAAUUUCAUGAGCUUUUUAUCUAAUUAGUUCGAGAUUUCCCUUAGUUUUUAAUCUUUUGAUAGGAUCAUUUGGCAUCACUUAGCUAUUUGGUCUCACUGUGUUUUAGCUUUCAAGGGAAAAAUAAAUUAUAAUGAGAAGCUUCCAAGUUUUUUGGUUUCAUAAUUUCCUUUUGUUUGAGUUACAAGGUACCUCACUUUUGGUGUUUGUGACAACACAAUUGUUGAGUCAUAGCAACAACAGAAAAAUUGUUGCUUGGUGGUUGAUGUAAAUACAAGUUGUUUUGAGGGAGAGAAGAGAAAAAAACUGGAGGAUAAGGUUUGAGGUAGAGAUGGCAACACAAGAAAAACUAUUUAGAAAAAGGAAAAACCUAACACUAUGUCUUCUAUUCAUUCAUAUAGUAACUAACUGAUUUUAAGAUUUAUGUCA